AUGUUUACGGUAGAUACAAGCAAGCCACCAACAGUUCUCACAGGCUUGGCUACCACACAUACCGGUACUAGUCUGACUGAUCAUGGAAGAAGACUUGUUCACAUUGUACGCCAAAGGAAUGCUCAUAGGAUUGUCUCGUCAAGGCAUUCGCCUCCAAUGUCAGCGCAAGAGGUACCCCAUCGCCCGGUCUUGUCUGCGCUCGUAACUUCAUCUGAAGAUCUAGCCGGUCCCCAGGCUUCGCACAAUCCCCUGGACAAGAUCGGGGACGAUGACCUCUCCGUCCAGACUCCAGGAGAACCAAAGGAUUUGAUUCGCGUGCUUGAUGUCCAUGCCGGCCAGGGCGAUUCUAUAACAUGCACACUUCGCACCUGCUCCCUGCACUCGCCAGAAGCCUAUGAGACGCUGUCCUAUGUGUGGGGCUAUGGGCCCAAAUGCAAGACCAUCUACAUGACCCAGCGCAAGGACAUGGCUGUGACGCAAGGUCUUUAUGAUGCCCUCGUCAGACUGCGUCAUCCAACGACAUCGAGGACGUUGUGGAUAGAUCAGCUAUGCAUUGACCAAGAGAACAUGGCCGAGAAGAAUCAUCAGGUCAAUCUCAUGACCAAGAUUUACAAGAAUUGCACGCAAUGUUUGAUUUGGUUUGGUGAGAUUCCCGCUUGCCUAUCUGUACAAAGUGCGCAGGGGGUGUUCGACAUCAUCACCUUGCUGGCAGAGAAUUACACGUCGCCCUCGUCAUCACCUUCCUCCUCAUGCUCGUCGCCGCCUACAUCAUCGUCCCCAUCAUCCUCUUCAAGCUGGCUCACCAUCUCGCGUACAAACUCGCGUACACCCUCGCCUUCCUCAUCUCGCUCCUCGUCACGCUCCUCGUCAUCCUCUGCCUUCUCUCAGCCAACGCCACCACCCAUCUACAUACCCCCAAGCAUCGCCACUCGGUCCCUCAUCGACGCCACCCAGCACGCUUUCCACGUCUUCAUGAGCAACCCGUGGUGGAAUCGGAUAUGGACGGUUCAAGAGGCCGUGCUCCCCCCAACCUUGCUCUUGCACUGGGGCCCCCUCAACAUCCCCUGGUCCACCAUUGUGACCGCCUCACGGGCCGGAUGGUUUGAAUGGCCGCCACCAAUCCACUCGUUUGACAUGGCGAGCUUCAAGCCCGUGGUGCUAGGUCUCGAUUUGACCAAGGAAGGAGAAACGCCGUUGGAGACUUUGCACAGGUGGCGGUAUCGCGAUGCGCUUGACCCGAGGGACAAGGUGUACGCCUUGGGAGGGCUAUUGGAUCCAGAGUAUCCGAUACCGAGUAUCACGAAUUGUGAUUAUACCAUUGAUGUUGCCACGCUGUAUGCAAAUGUUACGCUGGAUUUGAUUGAGUGGGUUGAAGGGCUAGAGUGUCUUGUUGGUUUGAAGAUGCAGAGAAGCUCGGAUUUGCCAAGUUGGGCGAUUGAUUUUAGACGAUGUGACCUUGUCAAUGAUGGAUAUGCAUGGUGGGAUCCCUCCUUUAGAUAUGACUGGUUCAACGCGUCUGGUGAGGUCGAGUGGGCCGAGGAGAGGAUGCGUUGUAACGGGACAGUGCUGUCACUCCAAGGAGUGAGGGUUGGCGUGGUGGAAGGCGUAGGCGAAGCGAGAAUCUGCGAAAACGUGGAUAACACAGAGUAUGAGGAGCUCUUGGCCCAGUUGUCUGGCUCGAAGGCUCUCUUAGGCGUCUACUUGAGCACUGAGUCGGUGGACAGGACGUAUCCAGACGACGAAAUUUCGUAUCAGGAAGCCUUUUGGAGGACCGCCAUUGGAGAUUUGGUUACAGAUGAGACUCCGCAACGGCGAGCGACUGAUGAGGACGUGCAAUUGGUGGCCAGGUUUCUAGAGGACGAGGACAUGGACACGGAGGUUGUGUAUUCGCUUCGUUGCAUGCUGAUGAACCAUGCCUUCUUUUUGACCCGUGAGGGAUACAUGGGUAUCGGACCAACUGACAUCAUGCCAGGUGAUGAGGUUUGGAUUUUGGCCGGUGGCUCUGUGCCUUUUGUAUUGCGGCCGACAGGCUUGGUGGAUCGGUCAGCUAGCUCAAGUCCGCAGUAUGCAUCCGGACACAUGCUCGUAGGAGGUAGCUACGUCCAUGGAUUCAUGGACGGAGAAGCUGAAGAGGUGUUGAUCAAGAAUCUGAUCGAGGUGCAUCUGCAUUGA